CGGGUCGUUUUUUGGUUGGACGGUCUUGUUGCGGGGAGGGAGGGGGAAGAUUGUUUGCUGAUUAGAAGCUCCGCUCGCGGAAAGGUAAACUGAGCUCCCCAGGGACGCUCAUCCCCAAGCCUCUGCUUGGACCAAGCCUUCUCUCUCUCCAUCUGCCACUGCAGCCUGGAGGCCCUGCCUCCACCCUCCCGAAUGGUGCUCCUCUUUGCAGGCCUCGGCCCAGGAUCCAGGCCCCCCUUGCUCCUUGCCUUGGAGCUGUUGCUCCUGACCCCUCUUCGUGGACUCCCAGUGGGGAGGGGAGAACUUCCGCACAGACCAGGCUUUAGUUCCAGGAACCUCACUGGCAGUUUGAGCCUCUGCCUCUAACCGAGUGUGAGGUUUUUUUCCUGUGUGCCCCCCUCCCCACACCUUUUCCUGCCUUUUGAGAACAGACACCCUGCUCCUUGCCAUCCAGAGCCCACGAAGCCUCAAGCUGGGGCCCUGGUCUCAGCAUGUCAGUCCUCUCUUGUGCAUAGGGCUCUGCCCUUUCCCGGCCAGUAUGGCUGAUUUCAGAAAGGCUCCAGGAGGACGAGAGACCCCACAAGGGGAACUGCGGCCAGAGGUGGUAGAGGAUGAAGUCCCUAGGAGCCCAGUCGCAGAGGAGCCUGGAGGAGGUGGAGGUGGCAGCAGUGAGUCCAAAUUGUCUCCAAGGGAGGAGGAAGAACUGGAUCCUAGAAUACAGGCUGACCUAGAUUUCAGUUUGUGGUCUCAGGCUGGCGUUGAACUCAAGGAGGAGCUGGAGCACCUGAACCAGGCCAGUGCGGAGAUCAACCAGGUGGAGCUGCAGCUAGACGAGGCCAGGACUACCUAUCGGAGGAUCCUUCAGGAGUCAGCAAGGAAGCUCAACACGCAGGGCUCCCACCUGGGGAGUUGUAUUGAGAAGGCCCGGCCCUACUACGAAGCCCGACGACUGGCUAAGGAGGCCCAGCAAGAAACACAGAAGGCAGCGCUGAGGUACGAGCGGGCCGUGAGCAUGCACAACGCCGCCCGCGAGAUGGUGUUCGUGGCUGAACAGGGAGUCAUGGCUGACAAGAACCGCCUGGACCCAACCUGGCAGGAGAUGCUCAACCAUGCUACCUGUAAGGUGAACGAGGCCGAGGAGGAGCGGCUUCGAGGAGAGCGGGAGCAUCAGCGAGUGACACGGCUGUGCCAGCAGGCGGAGGCUCGGGUCCAAGCCCUGCAGAAGACCCUCCGGCGAGCCAUUGGCAAGAGCCGUCCCUACUUUGAGCUCAAGGCCCAGUUCAGCCAAAUCCUGGAGGAACACAAGGCCAAGGUGACAGAGCUGGAGCAGCAAGUGGCGCAGGCCAAGACCCGCUACUCAGUCGCCUUGCGCAACCUGGAGCAGAUCAGCGAGCAGAUUCACGCCCGGCGCCGGGGCCUGCCGCCCCACCCGCUGGGCCCGCGGCGUUCCUCCCCUGUGGGGGCUGAAGCUGGCCCCGAGAGCAUGGAAGAUGGGGACAGCGGGAUUGAGGGGGCUGAAGGAGGGGGCCUGGAGGAGGGCGGCAGCCUGGGGCCCGGCCCCGGUCCCGACACCGACACGCUGAGCCUGCUCAGCCUGCGCACCGUGGCCUCUGACCUCCAGAAGUGUGACUCGGUGGAGCACCUGCGGGGCCUCUCCGACCAUGCCAGUCUCGAUGGCCAAGAGCUGGGACCCCAGAGUCGGGGUCGGCGGGGCAGUGAUGGUGGAGUCCGAGGCAGUCGCCACCAGCGCAGUGUCAGCUUGUAGCUCUGUGGCAAGGGUGCGGGCUUGACCUCCACCGCGGGCAGUUAGGGCCCCACAGGCCUCUCCUUCCCUCUGCUCUGGGGUCCUGUCUGCUGCAAGGGUCUUGGUCUCCAGUGCUUCCCGGGGAGGGGUCCGCUGCGUCCCAGUCCUGUCUGUCCUGCUUCCUCCCUCCCUCGCCUGUCCCCUCAGGAGGCAGCUCUCUCUUUGCCUUACCCACUUUGAAGGCUUGCUCCCUGCCCUCUCUUUCUCUCUCGUCCUAUUGGCUCUUCACAGGUUCUGAUCCCCUCUACUUUGCUCUUUUCUACCCGACUUCUGUCUGGCUUUCCCCCUCAGGGAACUUGUGGAAGACACAGGAGGCUCAUCUGAGGAAAUGAGUGCCCUGGUCUGAAUGAUUGGAUGGUUCCUCACCUGUUGAUCCCUGGCCCUGCCCAUCCCUGAAGGCAGCUCCCCAGGGUGCCCUAGGUAUGCUGCUAAGUCCUGUGGCCCUGUGCCCUUGUCCUUCUGUCCCAGCCUGCCUGUGAGUGCAGUGUAAGAAGUACUACGUGCCUCUGGAAGACACCACCUUUGUAAAUGCUCCCCCUUGUGACCAGAGCCUCUGCGCCCUCCAGCAGAACUUGGGUCCUGCCAGUGUCAGGGUGGGGAGCCCGACCACCUACAUGGGGAGUAUGGCCAACUCCAGAUGGCCCUGAGUGUGCAGUGUCCCAGACGGGCUGAGCCCUUACAUUGCCAAGGUGCUAGUGAGUCCGACAGGGAUUGUAUUGGAGCUUAGUAAGACCCUGAAGGCUGGGACCUUGCCAUUCCUGCCCCCUCUUGUGCAGCUAGGCUUGCUUCUUCUGGGUGGACUUGGACUGGCUCAGUGCCCUCCUACGGGUGGCAUUAGGGAAUUUGGUGCUCAAUUGCUCUCCUUGUUCUUCCCCACACCAAGCUACCUACUCCAGGACCCCUUGGGAAUCACUCAAGCAUGGCCACAGAGCCCCUGUGCAGAGGAAGAACUGGUGGAGGUGAGGGCUCAGCCCUCAGAGCUGCUCCAGGUGCUGGUGGUGCUCCUGGAGUGUGCGUGGGAAGCAGGCCUGGGUGUCUUGGGAGAGCUGAGCUUGCUCUCCUGCCCCGGGAGGAUGCAGAGCUCUUGCAAGGUCUGGGAGCAGUGCACCUCUGCAUCUCCCAAACGUCGACCUGGAGGAUGGCCACAAUGAGAACCUGUGGGGUUUGAGGUGGCCAUAGGUGGAGAGAAGUGGAGAGAGGACGUGAGUGUGAGUGUGCAUGUGUUGGUGUGUGUGGGAAAGGACCAGCACUGGCUUUAUUUAAAUAAAGUAGUUUAUGUAACAA